AUCCAAGGGACAAGGCUACGAUCUGUCACACAGCUCAUCGAUACCCUAAUAUAAAACCCUCUCCUCUCGCCGCCUUCGCAUUCCCCUACUCUCUUCCGCUCCGGCGUCCUCGGAGACCAAAUAAAAGGAACCUCUUUCUCCCUCUUCUCCUGUCUAAAUCCGUCGCUCUCUUCCCGCGAAUCCACCCAAACCCUAGAAUUCAGAGACGAGAGGAGAAGAAAAGAGAGAAGAUUCGAUGGCCGAUAGGGGAAUCUACGGCGGCGACGAGCUCGAUCGCCGGCAGGAGCCCAGCCGGCGACUCUACAACCCCUAUCAGGAUCUCCAGAUCCCCUACCGGACCCUUUACGACCUUCCCACCUCGCCGGAGUUUCUCUUCCAGGAGGAGUCCGUGGCCCAGCGCCGCUCCUGGGGCGAGAACCUCACCUACUACACCGGCAUCGGGUACCUGACAGGCGCCGUCGCGGGCGCCUCCCUCGGCCUCCACCGCGCCCUCCGCGCCGCCGAGCCUGGCGACACCCUGAAGAUCCGCGUCAACCGCAUCCUGAACUCGUCCGGCCAGGACGGACGCCGGAUCGGGAACCGCCUCGGCGUGCUCGGCCUCCUGUACGCGGGGAUGGAGAGCGGGAUGGUCGCCACCAGGAACACCGACGAUUGGAUCAACAGCGUGUCUGCUGGGCUCGGCACCGGGGCCCUGUUCAAGGCCGCGAAUGGGCCGCGCUCGGCGGCCGUCGCCGGUGCCAUCGGGGGGCUGAUGGUGGGAGCUGCUGUUGCUGGGAAGCAGAUGUUGAAGAGAUACGUGCCUAUCUAGGGUUUGUUUGGAAUCCUCCUCGCCCCUGAUUUCUCCCUUUUUGUUUCCUGAUUCUAGAGGAGAAGAUAUAUGUGUCUCAAUUUUGCACUUACAUGUAACCAUGAAAAUGACCGGAAAGGUCGAAUAUUUGAUUGGAAUUAGCCGAUAAAAACAAUUUUAUCCAUUUAAACUUUGCUAUGAUAGUAUAACGGUUUGUAUUUUGGAAUUUGAAUAUUAAUUUAUGUGGCUCUGUUCUUGUUGUUUAUUUCAA